AUGGGGCCUUCUCUCCUUGCUAUCUUCGGCAUGGUGCCCGUCAGCUGGACACUCUGCACCAUUCGGAGGCUAGUCAACGCCUUCCCAUGGGAGGAACGCAAAAUAUUGCUCACCUCUCGUAAUAAAGAUUUGCCUUCAAAAGUAGAUGCCAAUUGUUUAGUUCAUGAAUUGCAGUGUCUCGAUUAUGAAAAGAGUUGGCAAUUGUUUGAGAAGAUACUAAUGGCUCAGAGACAAGACUUUAUAAUCAGUAAUGAGAUGAAGAAUUUAGGGAAGGAAAUGGUUAAAGAUUGUGGGGGUAUUCCUUGGGCCAUCUUCUUACUUCAAUGCAAUUUAGCACCAAUGACAUCGGAGCAGUGGCGGGAUCAGGUUGGGCAUGUUUGUAUAAAAGAAGACUUACAAGUGAUCGAAAGGUUAGCUUUAAGUUAUUAUGAUUUGUCUCCUUGUUUGAAACAAUGCUUUCUACACCUGGGCCAUUUUCCAAAGGGUUUUGAGAUACCAGCAAAGGAAUUAAUUCGAAUGUGGAUGGCAGAAGGUUUUAUACCAGAAAUUCAGCAUGAAAGAAAUACAAUGGAGACGGAGGGAGAAAAAUUUUUAGAGGAACUAGAUCGAAGGUGCAUGGUCCAAAUUGGGAAAAGGGACUCAUUUGGAAGGAUCAAAACAUGUCGAAUCCAUGAUUUUAUGCUAUUCUUUUGUGUCUCAAAGGCCCAAGAGGAAAAUUUUCUUCAAAUCAUAAAUAUUCCUUCUUUGAAAGAAAGGAGAGAGAAUGAUGAUAAAGUUCGAAGAAUUGCCAUCAACGAGGAACAACAUAAUUCUGAUCCACCGCUUCGCUUGACGAUAUCCAAAGAUUAUCCUCACCUCAGGUCUCUUUUAUACUUUUGCCCUGAUAAUUUGAAUAGUUCUUAUUUGGUGAAAUCUAUGUUCAAGAACUUUAAAUCACUUAGAGUCUUAAAUCUCAAGAACUUUGGCUUUUAUAAGGGAGAAUUACCUAAAGACAUCGGAUGUCUUAUCCACUUGAGAUUCUUAUCUCUGAAAAACAGCAACAUAGAUAACGUGCCAUCAUCCGUAGGCAAUUUGAGGUGCUUGCAGACAUUAGAUUUGCGGUCCUGCACAAACGGUUUUAGAGUGCCAAAUGUGUUCAAGAAGAUGGAAAAAUUGAGGCAUUUGUAUCUGCCCAUAAAUUAUAGGGUAAGUGAGAAGUUGGAGUUGGCUAAUCUUCCUAAUUUGCAGACGCUAGUGAAUGUUGAUCUCAACAAAUGUAAUCUGCCACCAACAUUUCCUUCUCUUCGGGUUCUUGUCAUUGGCACUGAUCCUUGCAAUGAAGAGACAACAGAUAUAGUAUCAAUGGUAUCAAGUUGUCCUCAUUUAUAUAGGUUGAAUUUGAAGUCGAAGAUACGGCAGUUGCCAGAAGAUGAGGAAAUCUGUCAACAUAUUGCCAAGUUAACCUUAAAGUUCACUUUUCUUCAGGAAGACCCAAUGCCAAUAUUAGGGAAGUUGCGCAAAUUAAAAAUCCUCCGCCUCCUUCUCAAUUCCUUUGAAGGGAAUCGAAUGACUUGCAAUAAAAAUGGAUUUCCUCACCUUCGUUCUCUUGUCCUAAGUGAUUUAACAUACCUGUCGGAGUGGGUGGUGGAGGAAGAAGCCAUGAAAAUACUCUGUCAUUUGGAAAUUGCUUGUCAGGCACUAAGGAUGAUUCCAGAUGGAUUGAGGUUUGUUACUACCCUCCAGGAAUUGGAUAUCAGCACCAUGCCAGAGUCAUUCAAACACAGAUAUAGUAGAGAAGGAACAGAAUUUGACAAAGUAGCACGUGUGCGUUCCUGCAAACUUUAAGAAGAAUGAUAUCUCGUUAGAAAUGCAGGUUUCCCUCCCCUAAUUACGCGUGUUUGGUGAAGUCAUCCACGGUGCAAAAGUUUCUACCCUUCUUCAACCCAUAUAAAAAUGAACAAAAUAAUGCCAUUGCUUUGUAACUCGUACAGGGUUGCAGAUAAAAGUUCUUCUGGAAUGUAGAGUUCAAAUUUGACAGAACUCCGCUGAUAAGGAUUCUUGAAGUUUCAAGAGGCGUUGAAGCUUAUCUCCAAUGGAACACUUGGAAUAUGAAUAAGGUUUCUUAAUUUGAAUGUUUUUAAAUUUUAAAGAUUGGGAUGUAGAAGUUCUUCAAGACUGUAAGGGUUGAAUUCAAUUAAGUUUUGACAUUUGGAAAUUCUUGGAAGCUUGUAGAUUGAUUCCUAGAUUGGUGAGUGUUUAUAAAUGCCUUAAAUUCCUAUUAUGAUUUGAA